AGGAUGGGAGCGCAGCCUACUAAGGCGGGGUCGCCGCAGGCGGCCUCUAACAGGAGGCAGCUCGUCUUCCAAGUGUGUUCUCUGUACAACUUCCCUUCAAAGAGCGUCACGGAGGUACGAGCAGGCCAGCAGAUGGAUAAGGGAGGCCAACCACGGCCCAUGAAGAGGGUCCCGCACACACACGAGGGACCAUGUGUAUGUCCAUUGGUUCUGCAGGAAUGGGUGCUGCGUUUCGAUAGCGAUUCGUCUGUGGGUUAUGUGUUGCCAACGCGUGGAGUGCAGUCCAUCCCGGUCACGCGCAUCGCUGACAGGCUCAAGUGCCAGAUUUGCAGGUGAGGGAAACCAUACAUAGAUCCAUCCAUCUGAUCCAUGGCUCUUUUCCCUUCAUCAGAGUGCGCGCUGACAGCUAUUUCUACCGUGAGCCCGAGGCUGAGCAGACCGCCAACUCGAGCCCGACGGCCAAAAGAUCUGCCAGAAGUGCAAAGGCCUUCCCUGCGCUCGAUUCCAGUGCCGAUGCGCUGCCCGAAUCAUCGGGACGCAUCGACGUCAGGACAUGGAUGGACGGAUGGAUGGAUGGAUGGCAUCCGUCACUUCUGUAUGUGUGUAUGUGCAUGUCAGCUGGGCGAGGGGUCUGACGUUACUGUGGUGAUGGAGCUGGACCUCGAUAUCAACUACAUCGACGCACACCACAUGGGUAAGAGAGCAGCGGAAGGGAUAACGCAUCCCCUGACUGAGUGCUUGGUUGACGUCCGUUGCUUGUCGCUGCACAUGUGCCUUCCGUUCAGGUUUGAUAUAUCGUGAGUGGAUAGGUUUCCCUAGCGAUGAGGUGUCGUCUGCCGCGUCCCCCUCUUCCACGGCUGCUGCUGCUGCUGCGGCGGCCACGCAGCCCUCCAAGCUCAUAGAUGACAAUCCAGGCAGCGGAAACGGGUGAGAAAUGGCAUGAAUGGAUGAAAAGCCUGUUCAUGACUGCUCUUCUGUCCCUUCAGUGUGAGUUUGGCGCAUGCGUUGACGGCUGGGUCGCGUCCUGACAUCCCCAAGAUGAUCGUAUCGGUGAGCUGAGACCACCAAGCUGUGCAACAGGGGGGAAACAAAGAACACCGACGGCAUCCUGGAUUUCGCUCUGUCUCCACAGAUUCAGCUGCCGUCAUCUCCAGCAAAAAGUGCCCGACUCGCAGAGGGGCUGACAUGCACCAACACACCUGUAUGCGUCUUUUGUGUGUGCAGUUAGUGAUUUGUCCAUCGGAAAGUUCUCUGCCGGCCGGUCGGAGCGUACAUGUGGGAUGGCCGGGCAGCACCCUGCAGACGCCAAGAGUAGGCACUGUCGACAUUCCCAUCUCCCACAGCAAUCGGUACACGUGUCUCUACCUCUCCCUGCUGCAGAUUCUUCGUAUCUGAUGAAGAUCCUGGCCAAGUGGGCGGAGAACCAGGAGGUCAGGUACCAGGGGAAGAAGAGAGUCGCAUAGCAGUCAGUGUAUGGCUUCUUCUUCUUGUACUUGACUGUAUGCAGGCUGCCGCUCGCUCGUUGCAGGACGCGUAUGAGAGUUUGAAGGAGGUGUCGCAGAUACAGCAGGUGCGCUAAUGCAUUGGAUGGGCACAUGGAUGUCCACAAUAGUAUGUCUCCUCUCCCUCUUCCCCUUAUCGCAGAAGAAUCGCAACCUACAGGAUCUCAUCAUAGAGCGGGUAGCACUUCGAACACGCCGGUGCAGUCCUUCCUCUCAUUCCUUCUGUCGGUGUGUGUGGUCGUCAGGACCAAGAGAUUCAGUCUCUCCGUGCCCAGCUGGAGCGCGCCAAUGAGGCGGCCAGGCGUGCGAGCGCAGGGUCUGAGAGGGCCUCGUCGCUCUCCCUCUUCUCGCGCACCAGCGUCGUCAAGGGCAAGACGCAGCAGAACAAACCCAACGGCAAGGCGGCGGGGGGAUACCUCGACGACUUCGCCGACAAAUACAAAGACGGUAGGCCACAUGCACACGAGGCACACAGCCAUCCCUCUCUCUACGCGCGUCUCAUUCAUUUUGUCUUCAGAGGACCGUGCUGCCCGCUCCAGUGGCACCCAGAAGGGCCCGGCGCCCAGCGGCACAUUCGACAGUGAGCAUGGCCAAGAUGUUCCUGCUGUUGCCGGGCCCAAGAGCGACUCAGAUGCGCUGAGCAAUCCUGAGGUGGGGACGGGUGUGCAGCUGCUGACGGGCGGGUCAUUCGGCAGCUUCAACCUCAUGAGCCACAUCCGGGCGCAUCACGCCAAGGGGCAGAGUCAGGGGCAGGUCAAUGGUGCUGCUGCUACCGCAGACAACGGCACCGCAGCGCAGAACGGCAGUGCCAGAUAGAUAGACAUCAGCAGUGUACCAUGAAUGUCUACUUCUGAACGCUGCAUGUUUACACUGC